AUGCUGGUUUCCUUCUCCCCUCCUCAUCUCUCACGAAAGCCUUUUCGUUUCUUCAAUUAUUGGGCUCAGAAAGAGGGUUUCAUUGAUACCAUUCGUGAUCAUUGGCGCAUUGAUAUUGAGGGUUGUGUUAGUUAUCAGAUUACUCAGAAGUUGAGAUUGCUUAAAUCUAGAUUGAAGCUUCUUUAUGGCAAGGAACAUAUUCAAAUGGAGGUGGAUCAAGCUAAAUCUGAGCUUCUUCAUUUCCAAAAUUUGCUUCAUGAUAAUCCGGGACUCCAAUCAAUAUUGACACAGUUUUUCAAGGCCCUAUCUCAUCUUCCGUUACUAGAUCUCAAGUUCACUCCUGACGAGAUUAAGCAUGUUUUGUGGAGUAUCCUUGAUAAUAAGGCACCGGGGUUAGAUGGAUAUAAUAGUGGCUUCUAUAAGGCUUCGUCGGAGGUUUUAGGAGAUGAUAUCAUUAAGGCGAUUACUCAAUUCUUCGAGAAUGCUCAAGGAGCCUUUGUGGCUGGUAGAAACAUUAUGCAUAACAUCUUGCUUUGUCAGGAUCUUGUUAAGCAUUAUACUAGACAACAUUGUACCCCCAGUUGUCUUAUGAAGAUUGAUUUAUGUAGAGCAUAUGAUUCGAUGAACUGGAGCUUCAUUAAGGAGAUGUUGGUGGCUCUUAACUUUCCUCAUAAGUUCAUCAAAAUCAUUAUGACUUGUAUCACUUCCACAAGCUAUGUUUUGAUUAUUAAUGGCUCUCCUAAAAACUCUUUUGUGGCUAAACGUGGUUUAAGGCAAGGUGAUCCUGUUUCUCCUUUACUAUUUGCCAUUGGGAUGGAGUACUUGUCUAAGAGUUUGAAGAGCAUUGUAGGUGCAUUUGGUUUUCAUCCUCGAUGUAAAGUCAUUAAGCUCACACAUUUGUCUUUGGCGGAUGAGCUUAUGAUAUUUUGCAAAGGAGACCUUUCCUCAGUGCGAAUAAUAUGUGCUUGUAUUAAAGGUUUCUCUAGUACCUCUGGGCUCCAUGCAAAUUGGGGCAAGUCUACAAUCUAUCUGGCUGGGGUUGACAACUCCAUCAAAGAGGAUAUUAGAAGCGUUUCUCAGUUUACAUUGAGGACUCUUCCAUUCAAAUAUUAA